UAUCAUUGUUUGGAAGGAAGUCGCUCUACGAGAUAUUCCAGAAUCAGAAAUAUUUGUUUGAAGCAAUUGGAUAGAUAAACGCGAAAUCUUGCAGCUGAGCACGGGCUAGCUAACAUAGCUAGCAAACAUGAAUGUCGACACUCCACUGCCAGUCACAACUGGUGGAACAGCGUUAAAUUCAUCAACAUCAAGCAGCACCAGUAACUGCAUUACAAACAGCAAUUCUACAACCAACGUCAGUAGUAUUCCCUCUGUCGGGAGCAGCAAUGUCCCAACCUCAGCUGCCAUGGCGACGCCAACAUCUGACUCCUCAGUCUCUAAUGGAGUUUAUGUGCCCACUGGAAUAGCCAAUGGCGACGUGAAACCUGUCCUGUCCACCACACCGUUGGCUGACUUUCUGAUGCAGCUGGAAGAUUACACACCCACAAUCCCCGAUGCAGUCACAGGCUAUUACUUAAAUCGAGCUGGAUUUGAAGCCUCAGAUCCAAGAAUUAUUCGGCUCAUCUCCCUGGCGGCACAGAAGUUCAUUUCAGAUAUUGCAAAUGACGCCUUGCAGCAUUGUAAAAUGAAGGGAACAGCAUCUGGGAGCUCAAGAAAUAAGACCAAGGACAAGAAAUACACACUGACGAUGGAAGAUCUGACACCAGCCUUAGCAGAGUAUGGCAUCAAUGUAAAGAAACCCCAUUACUUUACAUGAGGACCUGGCUUUGAUUGAACUAAACUGCUUUAAACAUCAUGAAGUUCCUGCUAAUCACAUCUUAGACCCCAAACAUGCCCUUGGUUUUUCAAUAGAAAUGUCAUCUAUCCAUUAGGAUUUUUUUGCAUGCAUUUAAUUGUUUUGAUCAUAAU